AUGGCUAUCUCCAAGAACUUACCAAUUUUGAAGAACCACUUCAGAAAGCACUGGCAAGAGCGUGUCAAAGUGCACUUCGACCAAGCCGGCAAGAAGGUCUCCAGACGCAAUGCCAGAGCUGCGAAGGCUGCCAAGAUUGCCCCAAGACCAUUGGACUUGUUGAGACCUGUGGUUAGAGCUCCAACCGUCCGUUACAACAGAAAGGUCAGAGCUGGCAGAGGCUUCACCUUGGCCGAGGUCAAGGCCGCUGGCUUGACCGCUGCCUACGCUAGAACCAUUGGUAUCGCCGUUGACCACAGACGUCAGAACAGAAACCAGGAGAUCUUUGACUUGAACGUCCAGAGAUUGAAGGAGUACCAGUCUAAGAUCAUUGUCUUCCCAAGAAAGGGCGCCGCGCCAGCUGCUGAGCAAGUGUUGUCCGCUGCUGCCGCUUUCCCAAUUGAGCAGCCAGUUACCGACGUUGAGACCAGAGCUGUCGAGGACAACGGUGAAUCCGCCUACAGAACUUUGAGAUUGGCUAGAUCCGAGAAGAAGUACCACGGUAUCAGAGAGAAGAGAGCCAGAGAAAAGGCUGAAGCUGAAGCUGAGAAGAAGAAAUAA